AUGGAAGUUUCACAGCUUCAAAUCCAAGCUUUAGUUGAAGAGAUGAAAGAAGGGAUGUUCAAAAACAUCGAUCCAUACACAUUACUUUUCCCUUCUGCAUAUGAUACAGCAUGGUUAGCCAUGAUUCAAGAUUCUAACGAACCCUUUCGACCUAUGUUCAAGGAUUGCUUGAAUUGGGUGCUUAAGAACCAAAGAGAAGAAGGGUGGUGGGGAGUGUGUGAUGGCCAUGGCAAUCCCACAAUUGAGUCUCUUCCUGCAACUCUUGCUUGCAUUAUUGUACUCAAGCAGUGGAAUGUCGGAGAGACUAACAUAGACAAAGGGUUGGCAUUUGUUAUUGCAAAUUUGGAGGAGCUUCUAGGAGAAAAUUAUGGUGGCUGUCCCCGUUGGUUUGCCAUUGUUUUCCCUGCAAUAGUUGAACUUGCAAGCACAGUUGGUCUAGAGAUUGUCUUUCCUGACAGAAUGAGGGCAGUAGUAACCGACAUAUUCUACCAACGCCAACAAAUUCUUGAAACUGAGGAGCUUGUUGACAAGCACUACUAUCUUCCUUUAUUAGCAUAUCUCGAAGUGUUGCCUCCAUCCUAUGCCAUUAAUGAAGAACAAAUGGUGAAGCAUUUGAGUGAUGACGGCUCUUUGUUUCAGUCCCCUUCAGCCACAGCACGCGCUUUCAUGGCUACUGGAAACAAAAACUGUUUAGCUUAUCUCCAAUCUCUUGUUCAAAGAUGUUCCAAUGGAGUUCCACCCACUUAUCCCAUCGAUGAAGAUCUAAUAAAGCUUUCCGUAGUUAAUCAGUUCCAAAGGUUGGGGUUGGCUGAGCAUUUCGUCAGAGAGAUUGAAGAAAUUUUGGAACAAGUUUACAGGAAUUACAACAAUAAAGGAUCAUCCACCAAGCCAAUCAAUCUGGUUCCAGAGAAGCUAUAUAAAGACUCUUUAGCGUUUCAACUCCCACGGAGGCAUGGCUAUAGCGUUUCACCAGGGAUAUUUUGUUGGUUUUUACAUAAUCAGGAAAUUCAGGACCAUAUGGAUAAGGACCAAGAUUAUUUCUCAAAUGUGAUUCUUAAUGUUCAUAGGGCCACAGAUAUUAUGUUUCCAGAAGAAUACGAACUUGAAGAGGCUAGAUCAUUUGCCAGAAAAUCACUUGAGAAAAAUAUGUCUUCAGGAAAUAGCGACCAACAUGAUUUUGCAUUCCCCUCUUCUCAUAGAAUGAUUCAGCAUGAAUUGGAUCAUCCAUGGCUAACUCGACUGGAGCACCUGGAACAUAGAAUGUGUAUUGAAGAAAACGAAAUGAAUGCCUUAUGGAUGGCGAAGACCUCCUUCCAUAGGUUAUCAUCCUGUCACUACGACUAACUACUGCUACUUGCUAAAAUGAACUUUGAACUUCGACAGUCCGUAUACAAAUACGAAUUGGAGGAGCUAAAGAGGUGGUCUAAGGAGUGGGGUCUUAGUGACAUGGGAUUUGGCCGAGAAAAGACGACGUAUUGUUACUUUGCUAUUGCUUCCAGCACUUCACUGCCUUAUGAUUCGCAUAUACGAUUGAUAGUUGCAAAGGGUGCAAUAAUUGUUACAGUGGCUGAUGAUUAUUUCGACAUGGAAGGUUCUCUUAAUGAGUUGAUUAAUCUUACUGAUGCAGUUAAAAGAUGGAAUUCUAAAGGCUUGAACGGGCAUAGUAAGACUAUCUUUGAUGCCCUUUAUCACUAUGUGAGAGAAAUCGCGGAAGAACACCUCCAACAACAAGGGAGUGAUAUAACAAAUGAACUUAAAGAUAUAUGGUAUGAAACAUUUGACUCGUGGCUUACGGAAGCUAAUUGGAGCAGAAGUGGACGGAUUCCAUCUGUGAAUGAAUACCUUGAAACUGGCAUGAUAAACGCUAACGCACAUUUAACUCUUAUAGCUUCAUGUUUCUUGAAUCCGUCUCCAAGUUACAAACUCAGGCCACCUCAAUGAGACACUCACCAAAUUGCUCAUGGUUAUCCCCGUUUAUUGAAUGACAUACAAAUGACGAGGUAAAGUCCGUAUAUAAAGGAACAAGAGGAGGGAAAGACAAAUUUUGUGUUACUUUAUGCGAAAGAAAAUCCGGAUGCAGACAUUGAAGAUUCAAUUGCCUAUGUGAGAGAUAUAAUAACCAAAAUGGAGAAACAGAUAUUCGAACAGGCUCUAAUGGAUGGUUUUAGUGACCUGCCAAAACCAGUCAAGAAUCUCCAUUUAUCGUGUUUGAAAGUGUUUAAUAUGUUCUUUCACUCUUCCAAUCGAUAUAAUUCCGAUACAGCACUAUUUCAUGACAUUCAAAAGGCUAUUUAUAUUCCUAUCCAAGCUGAAUCCCCGAAGCCAUUGAAAUCAGUUCCUGCCCAACCCCUUUCCCUUCCACUUUCUCCUCCUCUUGGUUCUACAUCAAAGGAGUACAAAACAACGAUCAACUAUGGUCACUUCGAUCGGUCAUGCUUCAAAAGUAGGAGAAGCCUUGCCGCACAGCAGGGAUUGGACAUGUGGACCUUUUCUAACCUUUUGCUAGCCUGGCGCAUACCCACUGCACUGGCAGGAGCAUGCUGCUCAUGUCAUCAUGCAACAUGGUUGCAUCUGAGUGCAAACAAGAAGACCAGGUUAUUGGCUCUCAAGGAUCCUAACAGAAUAAUUGCUUUCGGCCUUUUGCCUGAACAAAGUCGUGACGCAAGGCUAUUUAUGACAACUGUGAACUGGCUGAAAUACAGUUUCUUCAAUCCCGAAGCGCCCUUAGAAACCUUACCGAGUGCUUCUCAGCCUAUAACUGCUUGUCUCAAGCAAAAGACAAUGGCCAAGAAGUCCAAGAAGAGGAAGCAGCUCUGGGCCGAGUAG